AUGAGGCAUUCUAGGCCUCCCGUAUAUAAUCACUUUCAUCAUUCUAGCAACAAUAAUGGAGGAUUAGGUCGGGAUGAUUUUCUUAUGAAUAGUAAAGAUAAAUUUAAUGUGGAUCUAAAAUCAUCACUUAAUGAUUUGCAAAUAACAAAUAGUUUGAGGAAAAGUAUGAAUAGGAGAGAAUCUAUGGAGGAUUUGACAGUAUUUUUGGAAAAGAAUCAAAAUAGUGGAUUACUCCCUAUUCAACCAACACCACCUCCGUUGAAUAGGGAAGAUUCUUUGGCCAAUGAUGUUUUUACUUAUCAGGAUAGUAUGAAAGAAUUUUCUUUGGAAGAAUUGAAACAUCAUCACCUUAGACGUCUAAAUGAAUCUAGGAAUGAAUCAUAUAGAGCCAGUAACUAUUUUGAAUCGGCUGCCUCGCUCAUUACCACCACAACCGAAGAGCAAAACUAUUAUGACGAAGAUGACGAGAAUAUAGCUAUUGAGGGUGUUGAUAGAGAGAGUGACAUUAUGCUCCACAGUGAUGAUGAGGACUAUCAAGAUGAGGAUGAUUUCGAGGGUCAAAAUCAUCUCCUUGGUAAAAAAAAAGUUAAGGUUUUCCCUUUCCUUGUGGAUUCUCCACCUGAUUUGAAAAAGAAAGGCCGAACAAAAGCAUUACAAGUUGCCUACAAUAAGAGAAAGGAAAAACUUCAGAGAGUUAAACAAGAGCUAGAAAUGGGUAGAACAAGUCCAACACUCUUCUCUAUCAAUUCACAAACACCUCCUCCUUUCAGAAAGAGCCCUUGUCCUCCACUGGAUAUUUUCCAUCAAAAUAGUUUUCACAAGAAAAAGCCAGAUCCUCUCCUCUCCUCAAUCGAAUCCCUCCUUGUACAAAUACCUCACCAAUCAUCCUCAGCCACCUCAAUAUCGCAACAGAAUCAUCACAACCUCUCCACCUUUGUUCCAAGCAAAGAAAGACCCUCCUCAAUGAAGGCAGGUCAUCGAAAGAAGAAUUUAACCAGCAGUGCUGAUGGAACUAAAACAAGUCGUUCAGUCUCCUCAACCAAUGUAAACUUGAACUGUUUACAGAAGGAUCCUAUUCCUGAUGAUUAUUUGGGGCAUCACAUUGCAACAACUUCAUCACGAAUACAGUCCAAAUACAAGGAACACUUUGCAGUUUCGAAAAAUCCAAUAGUAGUUAUUGCAAAUAGAAAUCAAUAUAAGGAGAAAAAAGCUGAUAAGGAAAAAGCUUUACAAAACAAUUCUUCCAGUUCUUCCUCUCUACCACUUCCCAUCUCCAACUCUCAACCAUCCCAAUCUCUUGCUCCUCCACACAAAUCAAACAAUACCACAACAACCAGUACAGUUAAGGAGCCAAUGAAUAGAGCUCCACUGUAUAAAAUUCCCCAAGCUCCAAAGAGGAAGAAAUUAACACCAGAAGAUUUGGGACUAACCUAUCAAGCUAGUUUAGAACUUGAUAAGGGACUUCCAACAUCUUGUCAAGUUGAUGCAAAGAAGGUAAUCAUGCAAACUCUUAUCAAUUCUUGGAUUGGUAUUGGACCUUCACUAGGAGAUGUAAAUGUUGAAAAUAGAAAACCACUCAAUUUGAAACCUUCCAAGAUUACCUCUUCCAAUCCUGAGGAAAGAAGAAAGGAAAUUUUGAAAUUAAUGUACAAGGACAGGCAAACAGAGGUGAAGGAGAACAUUCUGAAACCAAAGCAAACAAAGAAGAAUAGGUAG